GCGCGUUACUGGGAAUUCCCGUUUUUUAUAAUACCUGUGAUGUAAAAUUUCUUUUUACAAAAUUAUGAGGGUAUUUAAGUUUUUGAGAUAUAAUUUGAUUGCAACGGAUCAACACGAACACCGACGUUUAAAGGCCGUCGAUGCAGAAAUGUCGUCGAGUUACUCAGCAAACCAGUAUGCCAGCGCAUUUAUCUCUCACAGACUCCAGAACUGGGGAGAAACCAAGCCCUUCAAAGAGAGGCCCUCUGCGCGGGUGGGUCACACUUCCUUCAUAGCAGAUGACAGAGGACACCUGCUUCCAGGAGUGAAGAGGAGUCGUGCUUGGCCAACGUUUAAGGGGACGUGGGAUUUACCAGCUCAUAUUCCGGCCCCCCACAUCAACCCCACAGCCCGCUCUGAGGAGGGCCUCAGCAGGCUUAAGUCGUGGGGAAUCUGGCGUGAGACCAGCAAGUGUCAGUCAGUCCAACACAGCAGAAUCACAGACAGAUCGCGGGAUGACGGGAAGCAGAUAUCAGUUCAAGAACAGCAAGAUGGAGCUACAACAUCCGGGAAUACUGAAGCCCAACCAUCGGCUCCGAACCGCUCGCCAACCCAGAGCUCUGACUCAGCAGCACGUGCAGCUGCCCAGCAUCCCAAUUGUGCAGCAGGGAUGAACACAUCGCCGAGCAACCACAUUGAAGGGGCACAGGGAUUAGCUGGGGAUGGCAGCAAGGGGACACCCCAGGUCAACAUGUUAGGGAGCAGCUCCAACAUCCUCAAGACAGCCUCACAGAGAUGAAACUUAGUUAUAAUGAGGAAAAAAGAGAAUCAUUUUAAAAACCAACAUUUUUAAAGUAAAACGUUUGUCAAAGUUCCUUGUUUCCACAUGAGAAACGACAGUCAGGAAGUGGCCUGUUCAUCUUUUGUGUGGGUUUUGUCUAGAACUUGUCCGUCAUGUGAUCAGUUCACAAAAGUUCCCUGUUUUUUUCUGGGACUGCAUAACAUGACACUUUAUUGAGUUUAAGGAAAGAUUCUGCAGCAUUUUUUUGCAGCAGGAAGUCAUGUUUCUAAAAGGGAAAUAGAUUUGCAUGAAUAUUUUAAUCAGAACAGCAUACUUUUUUUUUUAAAGGACCAUUCUUGGCUUUUUAUCAUUGCAAUUUAGAGUUCUUAUGAUAGAAAUCAGAGAUUUGCUUUCCAAUAUAUUAGAAAACAACUCCUGAUCCAAAUCCUGAAUCCAUUGUGCUGCCAUCAAACUAAUAAACGUAAACAGCUGCAACGGUC